AUGGGGCUUAUCAGCCAACCUAGGACGAGGCUGUACCAAGUGGACUGCGGCUGGGAUGAUAUUUUGGACGCGAUAUCGCCUGGUCGUACUUGUUCUGUUCCCCAGCUCGGAUGUCCAGUUGCAGACAGCCUCAGGAGAAAAGAACUCAUCAGCGUCACAUCUUCGGCUCGACGGCAUAACGGUCGCAGGCAACGAGCUUCAUUAGGUCAUCUUAUGCUCACUGCAAUAGCCACCCCUGCAGUCUCAGAUUCUCUCACACCUGUGGACGUGGAUCCCCCAUCAGAUUUCGGCCCCCUCUGGCAACAAGCCAUCCGGGAAUACGAAGAGAUCACCGAGAGAAAAGUCAUCCCACGGCGUCGUGAUUCCGCAUCCAUCGUCAUGAUCCCGAGUACCAAAGCAUACAGCAUACACGGCUGGACGGCACUGCUGGUAGCCGCUCAAAGCGACCAGCCUGAAGCCAUCAGUCUAUUGCUCCGGAGACAUCCCAAUAUUGUCUCGCAGCGAUUUCCAUCCGGCGCAACCGCAGUCGCGGUGGCAGCCGAAAUGGGCAGCGAUAGGGCCGUAGCAGUGUUACUGAAUGCCAUGGACAAGGAUGAUUCAGGAUCUGGUUUGCUUACUGCGGAGAAGGGUUCAAGGCCGGUGGAUUCUUGA